GAUAUUCAGCAUCAAUUAGCCCUCAUUACUUCCCAUUCAACAUUUGAGCCAUUUAGCAGCAUGCAGGCUGUGUUCGUCUUCGCUGCUCUCGUCUUGCUGCUUGGCUUACCCGCGAUCAGCCAAGCGACUUGGACCAACCAUGGCGGCGACCUGAGCAACCGCAGGUGGGCAGACAAGGAGCAGCGCAUCUCGCCAGCCACCGUCUCACAGCUCUCACUCGCCUGGGAGGUCGAAACCACCGGCGACGUGAGCGCGACGCCUGCUGUCUUCGGAAACGCAGUGUAUUUCUGCGACAACGGGGGCUCCUUGUUCGCCGUGAAGCGCAACUCGGGGGAGGUCCUGUGGACGAAGCGCAUAGGACCGGAUUACGGCGUUCCCAACAACUACCAGGGCAGAGCGCCCUAUUGUAGGUCCACGCCAACCGUGGUGAAAGGCAGCAGAAACCAAACCAGCCUACUCAUAAUCGGCAUUUUCAAUCCGGCGUUCGUUCUGGCCGUGCGACGAUCGGACGGCGAGCUCGUGUGGAAGACCCUCGUCGAUCCGCAUCCCGCGGCGCUCAUCACUGCGUCCGGCACCGUCUACCGCGGCGGUUACAUCAACGGGGUUUCUUCAGCCGAGGAGAUAUUCGCGGUGAAUCCUAAUUACCCCUGCUGCACGUUCAUUGGGAGUGUAGUAAAGCUCGACGUGGCGACGGGGCAGACGAUUUGGCAGACGUACACCCUUCCCGCGAAUGGCGGCAACUCGAGUCUCUACGCCGGCGGUGCGAUCUGGGGCGGCUCGCCGUCCAUCGACAGGAAGCGACAGCUCGUUUUCGUCGCGACGGGUAACAACUAUCGCGUGCCUGCGAGCGUUUCGCAGUGCCAGCAGCAGCAGCUGGAGACGGAGGGCGCGCCGGUGUUCCCCGAUCCGUGCGUCGAGGCGGGAAACUACUUCGACUCGGUGCUCGCCCUCGAUAUUGCCGCGGGGAGCAUUACGUGGGCGAAGAAUCUCAGCCCGAUAGAUGCGUUCACUAUCGCUUGCGUGUUCGGGGCUUCGCAGCCCAACUGCCCGCCAAACCCCGGAGAAGACUACGAUUUCGGCAUGGCGCCGCUGCUCUUGUCUGUGAAUCGCAAUACGAAUGGCGCUGGCUGCAAGAGCAAGCGCGAUCUCGCCGUGAUUGGGCAGAAGUCGGGAGUCAUCUGGGCCCUUGAUCGCGCCGACGGACAGAUCGUGUGGUCCACAGCAGCUGGGCCAGGAGGCGCUCUGGGCGGCUCUGCCUGGGGUAUCGCUACCGACCUCCAGCGCGUUUACAUCAGCAACGAGAAUAGCGAGUUUACGAAUUUCACUUUGCUGCCGUCCGGUAACACUACCACGCACAGCGCAUGGGUGGCUCUGGAUCCUGCGACGGGUCAGGUGCUCUGGUCGCAGGAGAACCCGAACUUCCCCGCGCUCGCGAUGCUGCCUUCCGUCGCUAACGGCGUGAUGUUCGGUACGUCUAUGGACGCCGCGGGACACGUGUACGCGUUUGACGCUGCCUCGGGUAACAUUCUAUGGUCCUUCUCUCCUGGCGCCUCUGUGCACAGCGGCGUGUCUAUUGACCGUGGGUGUAUCUUCUUCGGGAAGGGUUAUCGCAGCGUCCUUGUUCCCUAUGCGACUGGGGGCGGGCCUCAGCGCGUCUACGCUUUCUGCGUCCCUGGCGGAAAGUAGCGCGAAUCGUGGCGGGAGAAGGCUCGCUAGGUUGGAAGAACCGCUAUGGAAGUAACACGAGGGCUCAUAGGAGGCUCAGGAAUUAGUAAGUAUGGAUGGUGUGGUUAUAGGAGGCUCAGGAUAAAACACUGAGUGCAGGCGAGUUCUCAAGCAUUCGAUUCGAAAUCUUGAAGCGUGGGUUGUGCGAAAGCGAAAUGGCAGCGAGCGAGCAGGUUGUAUCACGGGGAUCGCCUCUUGUUACAGAAAAAAGUCUAUAAAGUUCAAACGUCUUUUAAUCAAGUCGCUAAGAAUAGAAUGCAAUGGUUCAAGGGAACAACUUUCCCUUUAAAUAAAACAUUGAAGCACAU